ACCAUUUACGUUUUACACUAAGAAACGCAAAACAACAAAUACAAAAUAAAAUGUUUGUGCUUAGUGUCCGAUACGUAGAGUUUAUGUGACGAUAACCUUCACGAGUGCAGCUUGAGCGACGAAAUUGACAAUAAACAUCAUAUAAAGCGAAGGGUGAAAAAGGAAAACCAAGUGAUCAGAUACAAUGCAGUGCUGCGUAGCUUUCUGUGCAAAUACAUCGGCCCAGAGUGAAGAGCUUAGUUUUCACCGUUUUCCAGAUGACGUGAAUCUUCGCAAUGCUUGGCUCCGAGCACUUGGUACAGAGACUGAUGCAGCGGCAUCUGCUGUGGUGUGCUCGCAGCACUUCCUGAGUGUGGACAUGCAUGUCAACCACAACGGCUCGAGGGUAGUCAACCUUGGAGCUGUUCCUUCAUCAGUGCAGAUGUGCCUGAUGUGCCUGGACACUGACAGCAAGCUGGUCCUGAUGAGCAAACACAAGAUGGAAGAAGCAUUUGAAAAGUUGACUGGACAUCCAUUGCAGGUGUGUGAGCGAGGAGCCCUGAGACACACGCUGUGUGUGCACUGCCGACAGAGGCUGCUCAGCUUCAGCAGGUUCCGAGACUGCAGCCGGAGAGCUCACUCACUGCUGAUGGAGCUGCUUGAAGAGCAUCACGUAGUGACAAAACAACACAUAGAAACAAUAAAACAAACAAACAAACACCUAAAACACAAACUAGUAAAGACAUCCCUGGGACCAAACCCCUGCAACCUGCACCUAGUGGACCAGGACAGACACACAGACAAUAUCAAAGCAGAUAACACACUCAAGCGUGAGGUGGAAGAUGUGACGUCAGAGGAUGAGGACAUAAACAAUGACGUCACAGAAUGUAAAAACUUCGAGCACAGUGUGACGGUGAAGAUCGAGCCCGAAGAGAGUGAAUGUGAAAGUACUAACGCUCUAUGGGACCCGCUGAAGUAUGAGGUCUCCUUCAAUUGUACCAUUUGUUCUGAGGAGUUUGAUGAUGAGCUGGCAUACAAGGAGCAUAUGACCAUGCACCAUCAGAACGCUGUAUGUGACACAUCGCAAGAGUGCAAUCCUCGUGCACCUGAGCUGGAACUGGAGAACAAGAUAGGAGUUCAGAAGCUGAAUGAUGGCCCUCCUCCGUCUGCAGACUCUACUCAGACUUCAGUAGCUCCACUGACCACCAAGUUUGCGACACACAGGAAACCAAGAAAGGUGCAGGCACACAAAGCAACAGCUGUGGCACAAAAAAGCAAACAAAUCCUUGAAACUGACAUCAAUGUACUGGGCAACCUAUCAUCUCAGAGCUGUACUAAAUCAAUUUCCAAGAAACCCAAGAAAGCUGUACUAGAUAAUGUUAAAAAGUCAUAUCCCUGUGAUAUCUGCAGUUAUAAAACCACACUGAAAUGUAAUUUAUUAACGCACAUUAGAACCCAUACUGGUGAAAAGCCUUAUUCUUGUAAUGUGUGCAAUUACAAAAGUGCAGAUAAAACUACUUUAUUAAGGCACAUAAGAACCCACACUGGUGAAAAGCCUUAUUCAUGUGACAAGUGCAUUCGUAAAUUUACACAAAAAAGUACAUUAUUACACCACAUGAGGAUCCAUACUGGCGAGAAGCCUUACGCUUGUGAGAUAUGCAAUCGUAAAUUUGCGCAAAAAAGUAAUUUAUUACAUCACGUAAAAAUCCACACUAGUGAAAAGCCUUAUUCUUGUGAAGUGUGCAAUUAUAAAUGUGCGGCUAAAAGAUAUUUAUUACAACACAUGAGAACCCACACUGGUAAAAAAUCCAGUUCGUUGGCGAAACUCAGGAACCCAGUGCAGCAGCGAUCGUGACCACGUGAAUAAUAACUUUGAGAUGCCAAAAUACAUAACAACGAGCAAUAUGUGACGUCACAUACAGUAGCUCUUUGUUUUGAAUCUAUAUUGAUAGAUUUAUUUAUUUAUAUUUUGAUUUUGACGGAGAAGAUCUUUACUGAUGUGGCUGCGACAGCUAUGACAUCUUUAACACACACAACAGGGAGUAAUACUUUGUGACGUCACAUGUUGCAGUAGCUGGCUAGAGAAUCGAUUCAAGAUCUGGUAAAAUGGGUAGAACGAAAGCAUGGAGAGGUAGACAAGCUUAUAACACAAGCAUUGACCGGACAUGGAGUUUUUAAUACUUACUUGUAUGCGAUCACAGAGUAAGUCUUUAAAAAUAACGUGUGAAGCCGGUGCAAGAGUAACCAGAGUUAGUCUUUACAAAUAAUGUGUGAAGCCGGUGCAAGAGUAACCAGAGUGAGUCUUUACAAAUAACGUGUGAAGCCGGUGCAAGACUAACCAGAGUGAGUCUUUACAAAUAAUGAAUAAUGUGUGAAGCCGGUGCAAGAGUAACCAGAGUGAGUCUUUACAAAUAACAUGUGAAGUUGGUGCAAGAGUAACCAGAGUGAGUCUUUACAAAUAAUGUGUGAAGCCGGUGCAAGAGUAACCAGAGUGAGUCUUUACAAAUAACGUGUGAAGCCGGUGCAACCCAUAAAAAAAAAACAAACAACACACGUCUCCUUGACAACCGCAUAUACAAACUUUUUCAUAAUUUGUAUUUCAAAAUUUAACACUAACAACAAUUACGUAAAUUAAUAUAGUAAUCAAUAAUUACGAAUAAAAAUUUACUCCAUCUUA